GUGUGUUAUUCUGCUGUAGGGCUAGGGCUCUGGUUAGGAUUAGGUUAGGUUUCUAGCUCUCUCAACCCUAGGGGACAGACUCUCCUUGGCCAAUGUGGCCAUCAUGACUUCUGUCUCUCCUUACAGAGACUCUGAUCUCCAGCACUGAGAAAUGAAGCAGCAUGCUCUGGACCAGCAACAUGUAAAGCUUCUUUCUAUUUUGGGGUACUAGUGAGUAAUUAAUUCCAGAGGGUCUUCAGGUCAUUAUUGUUGCUGUAAACUGAGGAAAUAGAGUUCUCAUAGCAGAGGAGCAAACCUCGUAAUAUUCCGGCUACCCCAGACAGGUCUUUCAAAGAAGCAAGAACAUCAUAGGAGAGAUGAUAUAGGUUUUGGCUGGAAGGUCCAGGUAAGGAGAGAUCUAGAUGGCAGAGUAUCAGUUUGGCACAGAGGAAAUCCCAAUUUCCAUCAGUGGCAUCUCCAGUUAAGGGACAUCAGGUGCUGGGAAAACCUCUACUUUGAUUAUUGUUGUCACUUGGAAUUGAGAAAAGUGAGAGGAAAUCCAACAUGGCUCAUCUUUACGUUGAUGCCUCUGAGUCUGGAAAUCACUGACAAUCAAACGAGUUUUCUCCUUACCUUUAAACACCUUGUAUCAAAAAGCUUUCGUAAUCCCUUCUGGCCAUAGUAGCAGAUUAUUCAAACCAGUGACAUGAAAAUAUCUGCCUUGGAUGUGAAGGAAAACCUGGAGAAAGCACAAAGGCAGGAAGCCACAAUGGAUGAGAACUUCACCUCAGUCACAGAAUUCAUCUUGGUGGGACUCACUAGUCAACGAAAGACUCAGCUUCUACUCUUUGUCAUGAUGUUUCUCAUCUACACACUUACCAUCCUGGGGAACCUGGUGGUCAUCCUGCUGGUACAAAUUGACACCCACCUCCAAACCCCCAUGUAUUAUUUCCUCAUGCACCUCUCAGGCCUAGAGAUCUGCUAUGUCACCAGCACAGAACCACAGAUGCUGGCUCAUCUCCUGGCUGGGAAUGGAGUCAUCUCCUACACCCGUUGUGCUGCCCAGCUGUUUGUCUACUUGUCUUUUGGUGCUGCUGAAUGCUUUCUGCUGGCCGUCAUGGCCUAUGACCGUUACCUGGCCAUUUGCCAACCUCUGCUGUAUCCUGUUGUCAUGGACAGGUGGUGCCGGAUGCACCUUGUAUCCAGUUGCUGGGCAGGAGGCUUCCUUGGGGGUGCGAUAUAUGUUUGGUGUACCUUUCACCACUCCUAUUGUGGUCCCAACCGUAUUGAUCACUUCAUGUGUGAGAUGUCGUUAGUCUUGAAACUUGCCUGUGACGAUACCCACGUCACUCAGACAGUUAUUUUUGUGCUGGCUGGGGUAGGCCUUCUGAUUCCUAUUAUUGUUGUUGUGACCUCCUAUGUUGUCAUUCUGUUCUCUGUGUUACAAAUACAGUCAGUCACUGGAUUGCGCAAAGCCUUCUCCACAUGUACUUCCCACCUCAUCGUAGUUACCGUGUUCUAUGGGACUCUCAUUGUUACAUAUGCAAUUCCCCGAUCAACGGCUUCCUCAGACCGGGACAAAAACAUUGCUUUGUUUUAUGUGGUGGUCACCCCUUUUCUCAACCCUAUCAUUUAUACCCUGAGGAACAAGGAUGUUCAUGAGGCAGUGGCCAGGGCGCUGCAAAGGCGUGUUUGA